CAUUGCCUUACUUACACGUUGGCAGAACUAUAGAGCAAAGAAUCUCAAUGAUCCCCACGUGCGCUCGGCGGUGCUAGGUCAGAGCGCAUCCAUGUCAGCUCAUGAAUCCUCACCGUGACAGACUGUAGACCAAUCAGUCCAUGCUCCUACCUCUCUUCUGAACACCCGCCUCCCAAUCAUGAUGCAACAAGCAAUGUCCACGGACACCUUCCCGGACGAGCUCCAGCUCGAGGACAUGCGUAAUAAACAUGUCUUCUCACAAUCCCACCUCCUCCAGUCCUCUCUGGCAUUCGACAGCCCCACCGAAGCUAAAGAUAUGCACAUCCCCCUCUCAAAACCCAGACCCUACCCCCUCUUUCAUCCCGCCAUCGCUCAGCACCGCAAGCAGUACUUCACCUUCUACUUCGUCUAUGCAGCUCUCCUCAUCAUCCUUAUGUGGGCUCUUCUCCCCAUAUACUGGGCAUCCCUUGCAUACAACACCCAGCUAUCCGAUCAUCUACAAGUUUUCGUUAUCGACCACGACCAGUCCACUGUUGGAAACGGCGUCGUAGCCGCAGUACAGCAAGCCAUAAACCAGCGGGGUACCGUAUCGACUCUGGGGUGGACCAUCCUCCCAAGCAACGAUACCUCGCUCCCCACAAAUGACGACGUUUUUGACGCUAUCGCGGACGAACAAGCUUGGGCCGCUGUCCUCAUCCAAGCGGCCGCCACCAACUCCGUAAUCUCCUCUUUCACCAGCUCCUCAUCCCAGAAUAGCCCAGUCAUAAACGUCUAUUACAAUGAAGCCAGGAACGAAAUCGCCGCAUCCACCUAUAUCGUACCUAUCCUUAAUUCCGUUCUCGUCCCUGUCACCGCAAGUCUCUACUCCAACCUCACCUCUCAGUUCCUCGCCUCAAAUGCGAAUAAUCAGACAGAAAUUCAAGCUUUUUCCGCCGCACUCGCCAGGCAAGGCUCUACCGCCGGCCUCACUUUCAACCUAAUCAAUGUCCGUCCGUAUACCACACCCGUGGUCCUCGCUCUGACAGAAGUCGGUUUGAUUCUCAUCGUCAUCUUUUCCUUCAUCCUGACGAUGGCCAACAGCGCACUCCGCCCCAUGCUCUCCCCCCACCUCUCCCUCUCCUCUUACGUCCUCUUACGCGUCUUCACCCCUCUCCUAGCGUACAUCCCACUCUCAUUAUCGUUCGCCACCAUCUCACUCGCCUUCCGCGUCCCUUUCAACGCCAAAUACACAGAAGCGCAGGGUUUUGGGCUAUUUUGGAUCUUGUGUUACAUUAUCAUGGGCGGAGUGGGGAUGGCGACGGAAUUCGCAAUUGGGGCGCUGACUAUACGGUUUGCGCCCUUCUUCUUGGUGACGCUCAUCAUCUCGAACGUGUCCAUCACCUCGACCCCUCUCGAGAUCCAGCCAGGCGUCUUCCGCUACGGCAGAGGUUUCCCAUUUUUCAACGCCUCUCAGGCCUUCCGCACCAUCGUGUUCGACACAAAAUCGCAUCUAUCGACCAACGUCCCAGUCCUGAUCGGGUGGUUGUUGAUCAGCAUGCUCACGGUGGCGGUCAGUACGUGGAUCAUAGAGGGGAGAAACAGGCGGUUGGGGAUCGUGGAGGCGCCGCACUGAGUUGGCCGCGGGCGUGGGCGUUCAUCAUGUUCAUCAAUUCAUCCUAUUGUCUCGCCUUCCUCUCUUUCUUGUUCUUGUCCUCCGUUUUUUCUUGCUUGGAAAAACUCGAAACCGAGUGUGUGUGAGGGGUGUUCACUUGGCAUAGUGCCGGAUAUGGGUAUGGGAGUGAUGGAUUUCUUGGACGUUUAUACGGAAAAUAAUCAUUAGUGCCAUUUUCCCAUAAAAUAAUGAGGACUGGUCGGAUAGAGAAUAUGGUGAUGAUGGGGCGCGCGAGGGUGAGCUAUAGGGGUUCGAACGGGAUCCUUCCAGAUGCAUAUAACAUGUUUAGUGCUCGGGGGUGAGAGUAAUGAACGUUAAUGAACUGGAAGCUUGAAGGAGGGUGUA